UUGGUUGAUGGUCCCAGUCGCUGUGCUGGUAGAGUGGAGGUUCUUCACAGAGGUCAGUGGGGAACAGUGUGUGGCGAUGGCUGGGAUUUAGCUGAUGCUGCAGUGGUGUGUAGAGAACUGGACUGUGGAGAACCUGUAGAUGCUCUGAGUGGUGCUCAUUUUGGUCUGGGAUCAGAACCAUUCUGGAUUAAACAUGCAAAGUGUACUGGAUUGGAGUCAGCACUUAAAAAAUGUGGAUCCAUGUAUUCACUUAUUUAUGACAAGUGUCUUGAAAAAAACGCUCAAGUCAUUUGUUCAGAAGUUAGGUUGGUUGGAGGCUCUCGCUGCUCUGGGAGGUUAGAGAUACUUCAUGAUCAGUCGUGGAUGUCAGUGUGUGAGUCUGUCUUUGACCAGCAGGAUGCAGAGGUUGUGUGUAGAGAGCUGGACUGUGGGGCUCCUGUACAGGUGCUGAGAGAAGCUGCUUUUGACAAAGGAGACACUCAGAUGUGGACACGAGAGAUUCAGUGCAGAGGAAAUGAGUCUCAGAUUCACCUCUGUCCAACAUCUCCAUCACAUGAUAACAACUGUUCACAUGAAAACAGUGCUCAACUGAUGUGUGCAGGAAGUGUGAGAGUGAGGUUGGUUAAUGGUACUGGUCACUGUGCUGGUAGAGUGGAGGUUCUUCACAGAGGUCAGUGGGGAACAGUGUGUGAUAGUUUUUGGGAUAUGUCUGAUGCUGCAGUGGUGUGUAAAGAACUGGACUGUGGAGAACCUGUAGAUGCUCUGGGUGAUGCUCAUUUUGGACCAGGAUCUGGACAAAUCUGGACAAAUCGCAAGUUAUGUAUUGGAUCAGAACCUUCACUGAAGAACUGUGGAGCGGUAGAAUGGGGCCCAUUUCCCUGUGAUCAUACUAAAGACGCUGGAGUCAUCUGCUCAGGUGUCAGGCUUAUUGGAAAUUCCAGUUGCUCUGGGAGGUUAGAGACACUUCAAAAUCAGUCAUGGAUGUCAGUGUGUGAGUCUGUCUUUGACCAGCAGGAUGCAGAGGUUGUGUGUAGAGAGCUGGACUGUGGGGCUCCUGUACAGGUGCUGAGAGAAGCUGCUUUUGACAAAGGAGACACUCAGAUGUGGACACGAGAGAUUCAGUGCAGAGGAAAUGAGUCUCAGAUUCAAAUGUGUCCAACAUCCUUACACAGAGACAGUUGUUCACGUGAUGAUAAUCAGGGGCUGUUCUGUGCUGAUAAAAAGAAUGUGAGGUUGGUUGAUGGUCACAGUCGCUGUGCUGGUAGAGUGGAGGUUCUUCACAGAGGUCAGUGGGGAACAGUGUGUGAUCUUGGUUGGGAUAUGUCUGAAGCUGCAGUGGUGUGUAGAGAACUGGACUGUGGAGAACCUGUAGAUGCUCUGGGUGGUGCUCACUUUGGACAAGGAUCAGGACCAAUAUGGAUGUAUCUCGUGAUUUGUACUGGAUCAGAGUCUACACUCAAGAACUGUGGUUCAUCAGGAUGGAGAAAACACGAAUGUACUCACAGUCUUGAUGCUGGUGUCAUCUGUUCAGGUCAUAAGUCUUCCAGACUCAUUAAUGGAUUUCAUCUGUGCUCUGGGAGGUUAGAGAUACUUCAUGAUCAGUCGUGGAUGUCAGUGUGUGAGUCUGUCUUUGACCAGCAGGAUGCAGAGGUUGUGUGUAGAGAGCUGGACUGUGGGGCUCCUGUACAGGUGCUGAGAGAAGCUGCUUUUGGAAAAGGAGACACUCAGAUGUGGACACGAGAGAUUCAGUGCAGAGGAGAUGAGUCUCAGAUUUCAUUUUGCUCAAUAUCACACAACCAUAACUGUACCAGUGACAAAGUUGUGGGACUUAUCUGUUCUGGUUACAUAGAUCUUAAACUGGUAAACAGUGCAGACUCUUGUUCAGGAAGAGUGGAGCUUCAGUUCCUCAAUGAAUGGGGCACAGUGUGUGUUGCAUGCUGGGAUAUGAGAGCUGCCAGUGUCCUCUGUAGACAGCUGAAUUGUGGGAUUGCUGUGUCUGUUGUGGGAUCAGACUGGUUUGGAGAGGGAAGUGGUGAAAUCUGGGCUGAUGUGUUUGAUUGUGACGGGAAUGAAACAAAACUCUCAGAAUGUUUCAUCUCUUCAUGGAGUCGAGCUGAACGUUCUCAUAGAAGAGAUGUUGGAGUUAUCUGCUCUGGUUCCUCUCUGGCUCUUCAUGAUGGUCUGGUGCGGUUGUCUGGAGAGAGACAGUGUGAGGGGGAGCUGGAGGUUUUCUUCCAUCAGGUCUGGAGGAGAGUUCUGCUGGACUCCUGGAGUCUCACUGAAUCCUCUGUGGUCUGCAGACAGCUGGGCUGUGGCUCUGCGCUCAACUUCUCCGGCUCCUCUUCAUCCAGUCCUGAACACAGUCAUGAGUGUGUGACGGGCUUCCAGUGCUCUGGGAGUGAAGCUCAUCUGGGGAACUGCAGCUCUCCACAAACUCUCAACUGCAGCUCCACACAACAGCUGUCCAUCACCUGCCUUGGUCGCGGGUCCAUCAGGCUGGUGGGUUCUGGGGGAGACUGUGCAGGGAGGCUGGAGGUUUUUCACGGCGGCUCAUGGGGGACAGUGUGUGAUGACUCCUGGGAUAUUAAAGAUGCCCAUGUGGUGUGCAGACAGCUGCAGUGUGGAGUGGCCCUCAGUAACCAGCAGGUACCAGCCUGGUUUGGUCCUGGUUCUGGACACAUAUGGCUGGAUGAGGUGGAGUGUGAGGGGAAUGAGACGUCCCUGUGGAGCUGCUCUUCUCCAGGCUGGGGACAACAUGACUGUAAUCACAAGGAGGAUGUAGGAGUCGUGUGCUCAGAGUUUAAAGAGAUCAGGUUAACUGAAGGCUGUGAAGGGAAUGUGGAGGUUUUCUACAAUGGAUCCUGGGGUAAUGUGUGCUGGAACCAGAUGGACAGAGACACAGCGAGUCUGAUCUGUCAAGAACUGAACUGUGGAAGAUCUGGCAGUGAACCCAGUUAUUCAGAGGGACUGAAGUCUCGUAAUUGGCUGGAUAAACUUAAGUGUCGACGACACGAUUCCAAUUUAUGGCAGUGUCCCUCUUCACCCUGGGGACAGAAUGACUGUGAUAAUAAAGCCGCCAAAAUCACCUGCUCAGAGGAGAAGAGUCAGUCUCCACAGGGCCAUCUGACAUGUUCAGCAUCUCCUCACCAGAGACAACAUUCAAAUCAUGUUCCUCUCAGACUGAGUGGAGGUAAGGGCCGGUGCUCUGGGAGGCUGGAGGUGUAUCAUAACGCUGUGUGGGGCUCAGUCUGUGAUGAUCAGUGGGACAUCAGAGAUGCUCAGGUGGUCUGCAGACAGCUGGGUUGUGGAGCAGCACUGAGGGCUGAUGGGAAUUCAGUCUUUGGUGCUGGUGAAGGUGUUGUGUGGAUGAACAGAGUCGAGUGCAGAGGGAAUGAGAUUCACCUGUGGGACUGUCCUCUCUCCCUGAAAAACCACACUGACUGCUCCCACAAAGAGCACGCUGGACUCACCUGUGCAGAUGUUUCAGAUGUGUCAGUGUCCUCUACUCCUGACACAACAACAUCAGUUUCUCCUCCAGUGCGCUCAACAUCAGUCUCUCUUUCACAAACUCCUCCAGCAGAGUCUCUCUCCGUCUCCCCAGAGCUUGUGAUUGUUCUGGGAGUUGUGCUCUUACUGCUCUUAGUGCCACUGCUUAUACUGAUUCAGCAGAACAGAGUGAUGAGGAGAGCUCUCUCUGACUGGUACACAGGACUUCACAAGACACCUACAGAGCCAGUUUAUGAGGAAAUUUAUCACAGACACAAUCAUGUCACUCAGACAGUGAGUUUGAUCUCUGAAGAACAGAAUUCUGGGUAUGAAGAUAUUGAUGAGCUUCUCUCAGGAUACUAUGAUGAUGUCAUCAUUGAUGGAUUAAAAUCAGAUCACCAGAAAGAAGACACUCCAGAGGACUAUUAUGAUGAUGCCAUUACUAGUGGACAGAACUAUGUGGACACACCAGACGGUUACGAUGAUGUCAUCAUUAGUAGACAGUGCUCUCAAGCAGAGGAAAAUCAGGAGGAGUAUGAUGAUGAUGAUGAUGUGGAGAACAACAAUGAAGAUGAGAGAAACCUGUUAGACUAUGAUGAUGUAGGGGAGGAGUGAAAUGAUGAAGCAGGGGCCACACUUCUGACUGAAGUUUCUGGAGGGUUUUUUCAUUGUUUUUGAUUAAUUUACUUUAGAUUCAUAAACAUAUCUUGAUACAACAUAAUUACACAAACCAUCAUUUAGUGAGUUGAUUGUCAUGAUUACUACAGUUCAGGGUCAGGUUUAAAUGUUUGGUUUCCUGUUUUCUUAACCUUUUAUUAUUAUUUAUUUUGUCAGAGAUUAGCUUUAAUAUUUUGCUUAUGUCUGUUGUGACUUGCAAUGGGGUUUUUUUCUCAGUUUUAUAUGAACUUUUAAGCAGAAAAAAACUUUAAACUUUACUAUGCCAGCUAUAUUAUUUACUUAUAUGCAAUGAUAGGCUACUGACUGUGAAUGAAAGGAACGUUUUUCAAUUGAAUUUUUCAAGUUCAAAAUGUAUUUUAUUUUAAGCGAAUAUAAAGUAGUUUGGAGUAUAACAAUUGCUCACCCUUCGACAUUGUCACAAACACAGUCUCAAAAUAAAUAGAAGGAAACAUUCUGAGGCUCAGAACAAAAAAAGACAGGGAUAUGUCUGAUGCUGCAUUGAUCUGAAGAGAGCUGAACUGUGGAGAACCUGUAGAUGCUCUUUCUAAGGCACACUUCGGCCGAAGUUCAAGAGCAAUCUGUAGUCUUGUCAAAUGUGUUUGUUCAGAAUCCACUAUAAAGGACUGUAGGUCAGCAGGAUGGUACCAUAUUAGAGAUGCUGGAGUCAGAAGAUAAACUGUCCCAAACCCUGCCAUCAAUAAAAAUGUAUCUGUCUUGACUUUUUUUACUUAACUUUUUAAUCAAAAUAUAUUUUUAAAUAAA